AUAAAAUAACUACCUCUGACAUAAAGUAUAGUCUUCGUAUUGACAACGUCAUUCCUGCUGAUGCUGGAUUUUAUGAAUGUACUCUGGUUGGUGAUGUAAUGGAAUUCUUCCAAAACGGAACUGUAAAAGCAGAGAACAUCAAACAAGCUCCCAUCGUGCGACUACAGAGUAAAGUUAACGUUGAAUGCAGACCGGCACUGAAACAACCACUGAAAUGUUGUGUGCAGUCCAACUAUAGAGUCAAGUGGCAGUUUGGCACAACUGUUUUAGAAACCAUAAACGAUGCAUCUGACUCCUACUGCAUCACCUAUGAACACGUGAUAAACAGCUGUAGUGGGCCAGCGCAGGAACUGACGUUUACAUGUAAGGUGGAUGAACCAAACGGUUAUCAAAUGACGACAACAAUGAUCAUUUUCAGAGAAACUGCUGAUUGUGAUGAUGCUCAGUAUGGGAAAGGACGAGAAGGUGACAAAUCAACCAUAGAAUGUGAGGAAGGUCAAGAGGGAGAUAAGACUGCUGUCUGUAAGGGAAGAGUGUGGACACUUGAGGAGGACAACUGCAUCGUAUCAAAAAUCAAGGAAAUAUUAAUUGAGUCAGUGAAUUUGGAUCCGGUGGAAGUGCCACAAUUUGUGGAGGAUCUAAAUACUGCUGUCCAGAGUGACCAAACUGAAAUUGCAGAAUCAUCUGCAACCAUAUCAGCAAUCGUUGACAUCAUAAACAGUGUUGCAAAUGUUUCCACUACUGUUGAUGAAGUUGUCAUGACGAACAUACUAACAACAGUUGAUGCCAUCAUUGGUGAUGACGCAAAAGAGUCCUGGGACGCUCUGAAUGAAAAUGAAAUCGGCAGUGCCAGCUCAAAAUUACUGGGUUCACUGGAGGCUCUCUCUGAAGAUGUAGUUGGGGAGUUUAGCAUUACAACUCCACGGAUCCAGCUCAAUAGAACCACAUUUAACAAAGCCUUCAAAGAAGAACUGAACUCCAGUGUUGUCAUUGACAUUCCAGACACCAAUACUAACAAUAUCAGUAUAACCACCAUCAUCUUUUCAACCCUUCAUAAUGUUAUGCCAGCUCGGAACUCAAGUUUUGACCCCAGCCUCUUCAAUGCCACCAACAAUCAAAGUGUCCCUGCUAACGCCAUUAAUGCUGCUGUGGUACUCGUGAGAACAAGUGUAAAAAUUCAGAAUGUCACUAUGAGCUUUGAUAAGCAAAAUAACUCUCUGAUACUAAACCCACAGUGCGUCUUCUGGAACUUCACGCUAUUUAAGGAUCAAGGUGCUUGGGAUGAUGAGGGGUGUACAUUUAUUUCUGACAUAAACAACACAGUAACCUGCCAGUGCAACCAUCUCACCUCAUUUUCAAUUCUGAUGGCCACUGACAUCCCUCCAUCUCUGAGACAAGUCUUGGAUGUAAUCACUUAUGUUGGAGUUGGGAUAUCUAUGGCAAGCUUAGUUAUAUGUCUGAUUAUUGAAGGAUAUGUAUGGAAAGCCAUGACCAGAAACAGCACUGCUUUCAUGCGUCAUGUUUCCAUUGUAAACACUGCCCUCUCUCUGUUGAUUGCAAACAUUUGUUUCAUCAUUAGUGCUGCUAUUGUUCAGAACCCCCUUGAAAACCCAGGGGAGGACUACACAGUUCCAGUAGGACAAUGUAGCACAGCAACAUUUUUUAUGCACUUUUUCUACCUUGCUCUGUUCUUUUGGAUGCUGGUGUCAGGACUUCUUCUCUUCUACCGGACGGUUAUGGUCUUCUCCCACAUGUCCAAGUCAACUAUGUUGGCCAUUGGCUUCACUUUAGGUUAUGUGUGCCCUCUAAUUAUAGCUGUCAUCACUGUUGCUGUUACAGCACCAGGAAAUGGAUACAUCAGGACAUCUGAUGCUUGUUGGCUGAACUGGAGCAAGACGAAAGCCCUGCUGGCUUUGGUGAUACCUGCCUUGACCAUAGUUUUAAUCAACAUUUUGAUUGUAAUUGUGGUCUUGUUCAAAAUGCUGAGGAGAGGCAUGGGAGACGUGUCCCAGGCAGAUGAAAAGCAUACACUGGUUGUCAUUGCAAGAUGUUUGAUCAUUUUGACUCCUUUAUUUGGACUUACAUGGUCUUUGGGAGUGGGAACCAUGGUAUCAUCAACAAAUAAAGGAAUCCAUAUUGCCUUUGCAUUCUUCAAUUCACUACAGGGUUUCUUCAUUUUAGUGUUUGGGACAUUGUUGGAUUCAAAGAUCCGAUCUAUGCUCUCAAGAACAUUACCUACAUCAAGCACGAGUUCAAAUCCAACAAGAAGUACAAGUGCUGGCAUUUCUUCUCUCGGUGGAUUAAACUUGAUAAGCAGACUACGCGGAAGGAGAUAUAUGUACAACGUGUCCGGAGCUGCAAACCAAUCAAGCAGCAAUGAGCAAUCACAGUCAUUUGUCAGUAUCUGA